UCCUUUCGUCUUGGAGACUCAACCCCUCUCUCUCUCUCUCCCUCUCUCCCUCUCUCCGUGUUAUUCUUCAACUGCACCUGCAACUACAAGGUAAUUCAUAUUAGAAUUUGAAACUGUAUCAACCAGUCACUUUUUGUAUUGCAUUCAUCACUGACUUGCAUCUACGAAGGUUGCUUUAGCAGCACUUUGAUUCUUCUUCACCUUUAAAGUUAUAAGUGUUGCUUAAGUGCGUGACUUUUAUGGUGUUAAUCAAUUCAUUCCUCUUGACUCUGUUUGAUGCAAAAAUCAAGUUAUUCUCUAAAGAAUAAUGCAUAAGGGUCUUUUGAUCCUUCCCAAAAAAUGAAGAUUUUGAUACUCUUUUGGGUCCAUUAAAAUCCACUUGAAUACAAAGAUUGCCAAUUUCUUGAGUUGAGAAAUGUUUUAAGUACACAGACCCACUUUAGAUGCACAGUUUUAACUGUGAUUACAAUUGGACACUAUUUCACACAUAUACUUUAAUUCUGUCACGCAAUCAUUGAUCAUCAAAACCAUUGAAUGUGGUUUGGAGUGUGCAAUGCUGUUUCAUUAGGAUUAGGAAGGUGUCUACGCAACCCCCCUUUGACUGGUUUUAAAGAAUGAAGCAUCCUCAUGGGGAAUAUCCCUCAUAUUUGUUUUCAUACAUGGUCAUCAAUUCUUCCACUCUGUCUUUUCUUGCCCGUUUCUCUCUUCAGAAACUUCUGUCCUAUCUCUAAGUAUAAGAUUUCUCCACUCUGCUUCCUUCCCAUCUUAAUUGAAGGACAGCUUCAGACAAUUUGUGAAAUUUAAGAAAUAACAAAGUUCUAUUUAUCUGCCCUUGCAAUUUGCAAUAGUAAAUAAACUACUGUGAAAGUUAAAGUUCAAAGUUUUAUUGAUAUGGUGUUGUAGUCCAUGUUGGAUGUUAUUUUCGAAAUUCAUAUGUUUAUCUUGAUCACUUAGGUAUCAAGAAUACUUAUAAAAGAGAGAGGAGAACAUCUGUUUUCUGCAGGAGCCAAUGGCAGGGUUAAAUUUUGAAGCCACAUAUACUGACAGCCAUGAUAUUCUGAAGAUAUUUGCAGCUGAAGGUGUUGAGUUCCUUUUAUCUUGUGAAGGGAAGGUACCCUUGUCUGAAUGCAGUGGGCAAAUCAUCUGCCUAUUUUUCACUGCAAACUGGUGCAGGCCUUGCAGAGCUUUUGUUCCCCGUCUUGUUGAACUUUAUGAAACACUGAGAAGAAAGGGAAUAAAUCUAGAGAUCAUCUUCAUCUCCUUUGAUCGUGAUGAGGAUGGAUUCAAAGAACACUUCAAGAGUAUGCCAUGGCUAGCCGUUCCAUUUGAUGUAAAUUUGCAUAGAAGACUGAUUGACAGAUACAGAGUUGAUCGAAUCCCAUCAUUCCUUCCAUUAUGUUCUGAUGGCAUAACUGUUGAAGAAGACUUGAUUGGAUGCAUUGAGGAUUAUGGUGCCGAUUCAUUUCCUUUCACAAGGAAGAGGCAUGAGGAAUUGAAAGCCAUAGAUAAAAGAAAACACGAGCAAGCAAAUUUGGAAGAAUUAUUGGCACAUGAAGGCCGUGACUUUCUAAUCUCUGGAGAUGAUAGAAAGGUACCCAUAUCUGAACUAGCUGGUAAAACUAUAGGCCUAUAUUUUGGUGCCUAUUGGUCUCCUCCAUGCUGUGCCUUCACUGUCCAACUUACAGAUGCAUACAAUAAUCUCAAGGCUGAAAAAGGCCAUUGCUUCGAGAUUGUUUUAGUGUCAACAGAUAGGGAUCCUGAAGAAUUCAAUGUCAACAAAAGUAGUAUGCCAUGGCUUGCUAUUCCGUAUGAGGACAGGACAAGGCAUGAUCUUCGAAGAAUCUUUGACAUUAAGGAAAUUCCUGCUUUGGUUCUUAUCGGAGCAGAUGGGAAAGUUGUUAGUGAGAAUGGGAAGUUCAUGAUUUCCUCAUAUGGUGCAGAAGCUUUCCCAUUUACUGAAUCGCGGAUAAGAGAGCUAGAGGCAGCUCUGAGAAAGGAAGGAGAGGCUUUGCCUCAACAGGUUGAGGAUGUCAAGCAUGAACAUGUACUGAAAUUGGAUAUGGCCAAAGCAUAUGUAUGUGAUUCCUGUAAAAACCAAGGCAAGUUCUGGACAUUCUCCUGUGAUGUCUGUGAUUAUGACCUUCACCCAAGUUGUCUAGAAAAGGUCAACAAUGACUAAAAUUGAUAGAAUGUGUGUUUGGAUUCAUGUUGAAAGACUGCAAACAUGAAUUCAACACAGAACUUACAACUAAUAGCGGUCAAGUAAACGUGGAUUUAUAGGUAUUUAAACAUGAAUCUAAAUACGCCAAGAGCAUAAAGACACAAGGUCGCGAUUAGUAUUUUAGUGGUGAUGGAAUUAAAGUUUUAAAGCUUAAUAUUACAUUUCUUUAUGCUCUAUAAGUCGGUUGUUGAAACUAUCCGUUUGAUUUAAAUCAAGUAAGCUUUUGUAAGGGAAAGCUUUGAAUAGAAUUACUCUACUUAAAGAAUGUUUAAGCACGCACUUCUUUUUGAAGGAUGUGUGGUUUUUACUU